UAAAAUCUCAGUCGUUCAGGUGCUUUCGUCUCGACUACAACUGUGAAAAAAAAAGAAAAAAAAAAAGAAAAAGAAUUACGGAAAAAAAAGGCGGCACUCCUUACGGCAAUGUGUGGUUUUCGAAUUAAUAGUUUUGUUCAAUGUCCCUUUGACACAGUUCACCGUAUUUUGCCAACACGGUUAGUACUUCAUUUGAAUCGGUGUGCUCGCAAUUAUUCGGGACUCAAGAUGGUGCGAUGUCCUUUUGAUAUUACACAUGUCGUGAGAGUCUCCGAAAUGGAGGCUCACGUGGCUACGUGUCCAAGCCGGAAAAUAGAAGAAUUGGAGGUCGAUCAACUGCCACGCGCACCAGAUCCUUCGAAAAAGGAAACAUCUGAGAACUUAUGGGAUGACGAGCCUGAAGUUCCUGCCUAUGAUCCGUCACUUUAUUGCGCCGCAAACCCUGUGGUACGUACCCUUUAUGGUGCUACUGCUUCGGAACGUCGUGAAUUCCGGGAACAAGAACGCGCUCGUUUUCGUGCUUUCCGUAAGGCUUCUAAAUCAGCAGGAUCGCUUGAAAAUACCAAGUCCCAUGCAGCAGCCACUAACGAGGAUGAAGAGAUGGAUGAAAAGUAGGCAAACAACCUGGAAAACUUAUAAUGAUUGACAUCACUUGAGUUUCUUCAGUAAUAAAAUGCUCGCUGCUGUCUACAAGUAAAAAACCAA